UAUGUCGAAUCAACAACCGUCGCAGCUCAUUUCACUGCAGCAAGAUGGUUUAUACCUUCUCGACCUUAACAAAACAACAUCGUUGAAGCUCAAUUUGCCCUUUACAUUACCACCCCCGACUGAACCGGUCUGUAUUCUUCAUUGCCGUGGAAUCAUGUGUCUCACACUUGAAGGCAACAAUGACCUAGCCAUUUGGAACCCAGGUUCAAAAGAAUUCAAGAGAAUACCGAUGCUUAAACCGGGUCAAACCACAAAUCCUUUGGGAUUUGGUUAUGACCAAGUCUCUGAUGAUUACAAGAUCGUAACUGUAAUCGAUCGCAAAACCUUUAUCUACACUUUCAAAGAAAAAUCUUGGAGAGAAAGCGUACCACGAGAUACUUCUAUUGAUUGCAAAUUUAGAAACCGGACCGGUACUGUUGAGGACCAUUGUAUGUAUUGGAUAGCAGACAGGUCCCACAUCAACAACCCUCGUAAGGAAAAUACCAUCCUAUGUUUCGAUUUUGUCAACGAAGAGUACAAAGAAUUGGACCUUCCGAUAAACUGUAAGCAGAACUUUAGUUCAUGGUUAGGGAGUUUAAGGGGAGAGUUGUACAUUAUCGAGCACUACCCAUGUAUAAAUAAUGACAUAUGUGUAUGGCGUCAAAUGAGUAGCGACAAGAAGUUCAAGAACUGGGAAAGCAACCCAUGGAUCAAUAUGACUAAACAUCGUAAAGAAUUCAAAUGCUUUGAAGUUGUGUUUGCGUGCAUAGCAAGAAAAGAUGAAGUCUUCAUAGUGGUGACAGAUGCAAGAAAUGAGGACGAGAAGGUUAUGGUGUACAAUAAGACUCGAGAUAUGUUCACUGAAGUUCCAUUUGGUAGUUCUUUGAAAGGGUUUAGAUGUAUGAAUGAUUAUAUAUGUCAGUCAAGGACGUCUCAAAUUUAA